AUGGACGGUGAGGCAGUCGAGCAGCUAUGGGUCCGGACAAGGAUAUGUAUCUUUGGCAACGGCAAUGCGAGCAGCAAUACGAAUGGCGACAACACGUACUUGACCGUACGAGCAGGUGGUGGAGCCGAGAAGCAGGCUAGAGUCGAGAAGCAGGCUAGAGUCGAGAAGCAGGCCAGGGUCGAGAAGCAGGCCAGGGUCGAGAAGCAGGCCAGAUUCGAGAAGCAGGCCAGAUUCGAGAAGCAGGCCAGAGUCGGGAAGCAGGCCAGAGUCGAGAGGCCGGAGCGGACCGAGGAGGAAUGUUGUUGGGUGUUGGGGGUGCGAAGUCGGACAAAGCAACGUGCCAAGCAAGGGCCCCAGCAGAUCGAUCGACCGAAGAAGGAGAAGAGGCGGGAGAAGGGCGAGGCGAGGAUGAGCGGUUUUGUGGCCCGUCGGAUGCCGACACAGGCCGACCUUGUUUUUGCUCGCCUGGACCGAACUUCUACUUGCGGGCGAGAUUAA